AUGCUUUCCUAUGGAGUUUGCCAGCUGCAGUGCAAUGACUCUGUUCAGGCGGCCAACCACAGCACUUUGGUCUUCACAAACUAUUCGGAGAUCAGCAACAAGGAGGCCUGCUCCAUCCCAGACACGGCCGAGCGCGGAAUCACUCGAGAGCAAUUGGUGAAAGUGGUUCGUUUCAUCUCGAAGAUGGCUGACAGAUGUUGCGAAACCUUUGGGGAAGAUCAUGGGACAAAGCUGAAGUUUGAAGACUUCAACUUAUAUCAUGCUGAUUAUUGGCUCAUAAAGCCAGCCACCCAAGGCUAUCAGGACAAGGGAUGCAGUUUGGUGGAGGUUAUGGCAGUAGAAGCUCAGAGACCUCAUUGGUUUGUGUCCCACGCCUGGAUUGAACCAAUUUGUAAAUUCCUGGCCUGCUUGGAGCAGCAUGCUUUGGUGCGAGAACUCUUGAGCAGCACCUCUUAUUGGGUGUGUGCAUAUGCCAACAAUCAGCAUUGCGUGGAAGAGGAUAUCACAAGCAACCCUCGCAGCACAUCCUUUUACCGAGCCAUGCAGAUGUCUCAGGGAGUUCUGUUGGUGCUUGAUUCAGCUGGAACACCUUUCAAGCGGAUUUGGUGCUGCUUCGAAGAGUCCAUUGCCGCGACCUUAUCUUGGAAGGGCCAAAUUGCGUGA